GCUGGGCUCCGUGGUGCUGGGUGAGGAACAGCUCGGUCCAAAGAGGAGCUCCGGCAUCGGCACACCGACGGGCUGAAGUGCUCUUCUGCGCUGAGCUGCUGGAGUGAGCGGUGCAGAACAGCGCUGUGCCUGUGGAAGGCAGUUAAGCAGCAAAACUAGAGAAGGAAAGGAGAAACACAUUGAAUUUAUCACCUCCCAGGAGCAGCUUCCAAACUGCGGGAAGAAUGCACUUGUAUGGAGGAAGCAAGAACCGGGCUUUGCCAGCAGGUUUCCUCCUCGCUGUGGUUUACGGCUGCUGUCUAGACUGGGCCACUGAGCUUCUGUUCAGCAGAUGCUAGGCUGUGCCAAAACAGCCUCUGCCUCAACUUGCAAGCUAUGCUGACAGUGUUAAAUGGGAUGUUCUUCCCCGUCGGCCUUCUUUAUGGUGAAAGUUUUGAACUGAAGCAGCGAGUGCCUUAUGUGGAUUUAGCAAAGCAAAGUAUUAGAAUAGAGUUCUCCAAACCUCAAGUGCUCGUUCAGUGCGAGGCAUAGGGCUGAUGAGCUCCACCCCACCUGCCAGGCACUGCUAGGCAUGAGGUGACUGCUGAGUGAUGGCAGCUGUGAACUUCUCCAGGCCUUAAACCUUGCUCCUUAUAGGAGAUGCGAGGACAACUUUUAAGAGGAACCUGUGCCUACCUACCAAGACAGAACACACUGAGCGAGUGCUGUAGAAGCCCGCUUGCUCUUAUGGUUCCCCUUCUAGAGCCCCCAGCUGUAUGGAAGCUGCAGCGGGCUGCUUGAGCUCCAGCACUCUUGUUCCUGCAGACUCUCUCACUACAAGUCUUGCAAUACUGAGGCUCUCUUUUCCUGCUGAUAUCGUGGCUCUUAAGACUGUUUUGAGUGUUCAGCAAAGAAAAGGGCCUUUAUCUCCCAGUGCUGCUGGUAAAGUGGAAUAAGCAGGAGUGGCUCUUGCAGCUGUAAAGCUCCAAGUGGAGCUGACUCCUGGGUUGGCUGAGCAUCUUUUCUCUCCCAAUGACUAAUCCUCAAAUUAAGCCAGGCUGCUUCCAAGCUGAGAGCACUGAGUACUUGUUCUUCCAAACCAUGUUCCUGUGCAGCGGCAGAAAACAGCUGAUGAAGCUGAAUCCUAAACCCUCACAGACGUUGGCUCUCUGCUUAGGCAGGAAUGGAUCUGCAGGGAUGCUUUGCCUUCCCAGCUGGUCCCUUCGGACUGCCCUGGGAGUCCUGUGCUGAUAGCAGGAGACCCCAGAGCAUCCCUGUUUAACAAAGUGAAUGAUGGGAGCCAGUGAUGGGGCAUGAGCUGCGCAGCAGCCAGCACCUGGGGACAGAGCUGGCACUCACUGAGCACUCGAAGAGACAGCCUUGUCUGGAGCCACAGCACAGCUAUGGAAAUUAGUGUGUCUACUCUUUGAAACAGAACAGAGUGCUCUGCUGGAACCAACAGCGUGACAUCGUGCUUUCAUUCCCUGCCUGCUUUUAAACUGGAUAUGGAGGAAUCCAUUUGGAGUUGUUCACUGCAGAAAAUGAGGAGAAAAAGAUGGCAAUAGCCAGAAUCAGGAAAGAAAUGUGCGAUAAUUGCCUGCCACUGCCUGUGCAGAUGGGCCAACCAGGGGCAGAGCAUGCAGCUCUAAUUCUGAUAGAACCACACUGUACUCAUGUUUGUGUUCACAAAGAUCUUUGCAGUCCAGAUGACAGCCCCACUCACUCUCCUGAGAUGCUUCUGACCCCUUCUGAGUUCAGGAGGUUUCCUCUGUGAAACCUCCAUGCUUUUCAUGCCGUUAGACUAAAAUAUAACACUACAUGAAACCGAUUACUUGGAGAUACAUAUUCUGAGAAAUGAGCUCUCAUGGUGCGUGUCUGAGACCCUUUGUGCCAGGAAAACCUAGCAGUCCAUGCUUUGUUAAGGGGAGACUCCUUUUCUUGCAUUUGUCCAGCAACAUUUUUAAACAGAAUGAUUCACAAAAUGAAUUGUUUGGGGGCACUGUUUCUCAGACGAGGAUUCUGAGAAGACUUUUGUGUCUUGUGUAAUAAGAAGCUGCAAAGCUACUUACUCCUUUAUGCAUCUUUCUGAUGUGGGGCUUGAUGCCAGCAUCAAAAUUCUGUCCUUUGCUGGACCAAAAAAACCAUUGGCAGCUCUGUGACGUUAAUUUCUGCAAGGCUAAGUGAUAAUUCAGGCAGAUUAGUGAAUCGGUCUCACGCACUGCAGUGAUCUGAUCUCGUGGCUCCUUCUAGAAAUGAAAUUCUUCAAUCCCAAACAUAUAUUUUUCCAAUCAAAACACCAGACAUAUGUUAGUGCCAGCAAGAAACAUGGCAGUGUGUUGGUUCUAUCCUGGUCUGUGAUUACCAGGACAUGAGAAAGCAGACCUUGGGUAUGGAGUUGCUUUUGGAAUGCGCAGGAGAAACUCGCACAGAUGCUGUGCAGGUCUGCGUGAAGCUGAUCUCUCUCUCAAAACUGAAGGUAAAAUGAAAAACUGUCCUUGGGAGAGCAGCUCCUGAGAGCUGUGACGGAGCCCCGUGGAUCGCUGCCUCCCUAAGGCUCAGCCCAGCCUGGAGCUGGGUGGCUUUGCUGCGAGGAUGGAAGUGCUGCGCCGCUCCUCCGUCUUUGCUGCAGAGGUGAUGGAGGUGUUUGACAGGUCUCCCACUGACAAGGAGCUUGUGUCCCAAGCCAAGGCUCUCUGCAGGGACUACAUCAACUCGAGGCUGAUCCGUGCAGGCGUCAGCUGGAGCAAACCUGAGCACAAUACCCCGAUGCCUGGCGGCAAGCUGGCUGAGGUGUCUGCCAUCCUGCUGCGCCUGGGGGACGAGCUGGAAUACAUUCGCCCCAACGUCUAUCGCAACAUCGCCCGCCAGCUGAACAUCUCGCUGCACUCGGAGACGGUGGUGACGGAUGCUUUCCUGGCCGUGGCUGCACAGAUCUUCACUGCAGGCAUAACAUGGGGCAAGGUGGUCUCUCUCUACGCCGUGGCAGCAGGGCUGGCAGUGGACUGUGUGCGUCAUGCACAGCCAGCCAUGGUGCACACCAUCGUGGACUGCCUGGGAGAGUUUGUCCGCAAGACCUUGGUGACGUGGCUGAAGAGGCGAGGAGGCUGGGCGUGGCUUGUUUUGAGGUACGCAGUGGCCGGGUGGGUCUGGGCAUGGCCGCUGACCUCUGCUCCCCCUCCUCAGGCAGACAUCACCAAGUGUGUGGUGAGCACCGAUCCCAGUCUCCGCUCCCACUGGCUCGUGGCCGCCAUCUGCAGCUUUGGGCACUUCCUCAAGGCCGUCUUCUUCGUGUUGCUGCCCGAGAGAUGAGUCCCACUGCCCCGUGCCCCAUCUCCUCCCCCACUCCAGAAGCAGUGGCCGUGGGCUCUGAAGAGGAGGAAAAGAAGAACUGGUACGGACGCAACUUGUUCUCCACUCCCUUAGCUGGUGGCAGCUGAUGGACUUCAUUCUCCUUUGAUGGCCACAGGAGCCUCUCCCACCGUUCAUGUCCCAGGAACCCUGUUUCCCAUGGGGACCAGAGGAGGAAGGAGCUACGAUUUGAAAUGAAAUGGGAAGAAGAGAGGAGGAGCAGCCCUCCCUCACUGCAUGCAAUCGCCUUUCAGUCUUCAGACUCGCCUUGUGUCACUUCUUGUUGUUGUGUUUUGCUAAGACUCCAUCUCCUCCUCGCUCUCUGGACUCGCUCCUCCUCGCUCUGUGUCACUGGGCUCUCCCCACAGCACAGCGUGACAGACAGUACCGUGCUGUGAUGGGAUUUGCAUGGGAUGAAACCAAAUGUACCAUCAUCAGAUGCUUCCCCCUCUGACCUUCCUUGGGAAAUGCAUUUUGUGGAGUGUGUGCAGAGCAGCUGCACGGGAUGCAGUUGGCAAGGGUGCUGCUCUGACCUCUUACGGAGCCCACAUGCAUCACAUCAAACAAGGAACUGAGCAACAACUCAGGUUGGAAUUUUGCAGUGAAGUCAAAGCUCAGUUUGUAAGUGGGACAGGUGAGAUGAGGGAAGCAGUAAGAGAGCUGCCUGGUGUCAAGAAUGGGGAAAGCUGUGUCAAAAGGAACUGCUUUAUUUUUCUCCCUUAUUGUCUUCAGGAGUACAGCCUAUAGUCCUCUUUGUAUUGUACAAUAAAAGCAAGUAGGUGUUGUUUAUUGUAAA